GUUUGCCCAAUUCUUCCUGUGCCCGCUGUUCGACGAGAGCUGUAAGGACCGGGAGGUGAAUGCUGUGGACUCCGAGCAUGAGAAGAACCUGAUGAAUGAUGCCUGGAGGCUGUUUCAGCUGGAGAAGGCCACAGGCAACCCGAACCACCCCUUCAGUAAAUUUGGAACAGGUAACAAACUGACGCUUGAAACCCGACCGUCUAAAGAUGGGAUUGACAUCCGUCAGGAGCUCCUGCAGUUUCAUUCUACGUACUACUCCUCCAACCUCAUGGGACUCUGUGUGUUAGGGAGAGAAUCAUUAGAUGAUUUGACGUCCAUGGUUGUCAACCUGUUUGGAGAAGUGGAGAACAAGAACGUUCCUAUCCCAGAAUUCCCUGAGCACCCGUUCCAGGAAGAACACCUCAGACAAUUCUACAAAGUGGUGCCCAUUAAAGACAUCAGGAACCUCUAUGUGACCUUCCCCAUCCCAGACCUACAGAAGUACUACAAAUCUAACCCAGGACAUUAUCUGGGACACCUCAUUGGUCACGAAGGACCCGGAAGUUUGUUAUCUGAGCUAAAAUCUAAAGGCUGGGUGAACACACUUGUUGGAGGGCAGAAAGAAGGAGCCAGAGGAUUCAUGUUCUUCAUCAUCAACGUGGACUUGACCGAGGAGGGCCUCUUGCACGUUGAGGACAUCAUCUUCCACAUGUUCCAGUAUAUCCAGAAACUGCGUACUGAGGGACCUCAGGAGUGGGUGUUCGAGGAGUGCAAGGAUUUAAACAAAGUGGCCUUCAGGUUCAAGGACAAGGAACGACCCCGUGGCUACACUUCCAAAGUGGCUGGUUUACUACACUACUACCCUCUUGAAGAGGUCCUAGCAGCAGAGUACCUUUUGGAGGACUUCAGGCCAGAUCUGAUUGAGAUGGUGCUGGAUAAGCUGAGACCAGAACAUGUCAGAGUUGCAGUGGUGUCAAAGUCAUUCGAAGGACAAACCGACAAGACAGAAGAGUGGUAUGGCACGCAGUACAAACAGGAGGCCAUCACUGAAGAGACCCUCAAGAAAUGGGCAAGUGCAGACCUCAACGGAAAGUUUAAAUUACCUAUGAAAAACGAGUUCAUCCCGACCAACUUUGAGAUCUACCCUCUUGAGAAAGACUCUCCAUCAGUCCCCACUUUAAUCAAGGCUUUCCGUUAAAGGUUACAGUGACAAACAGCACAUCUUGCUGAAGAAGAUCAUUGAGAAGAUGGCCACCUUUGAGAUAGACGAGAAGCGCUUUGACAUCAUCAAAGAAGCGUACAUGAGGUCUUUGAAUAACUUCAGAGCCGAGCAGCCUCACCAGCACGCCAUGUACUACCUCCGUCUACUAAUGACCGAGGUUGCUUGGACCAAAGAUGAGCUCAGAGAGGCUCUGGAUGAUGUAACACUCCCACGCCUCAAGGCCUUCAUACCUCAGCUAUUGUCACGGUUACAUAUUGAAACCCUUCUCCAUGGCAACAUCACCAAGGAGUCUGCUCUUGGCAUGAUGCAAAUGGUGGAGGACACACUCAUUGAGCACGCUCACACAAAGCCCCUCCUCCCGAGCCAACUGAUUCGCUACAGAGAGGUGCAGGUUCCAGACGGUGGCUGGUAUGUUUACCAGCAGAGGAACGAGGUGCACAACAAUUGUGGCAUUGAGAUCUACUAUCAGACAGACAUGCAGACCACCCACGACAACAUGCUGCUGGAGCUCUUCUGUCAGAUCAUCUCUGAGCCCUGCUUCAACACACUGAGAACCAAAGAACAGCUGGGCUACAUCGUGUUCAGUGGGCCCCGGCGGGCUAACGGAGUGCAAGGCUUGCGCUUCAUCAUCCAAUCGGAGAAGGCCCCCCACUACCUGGAGAGCCGGGUGGAAGCUUUCCUCUGCACCAUGGAGAAGGCCGUGGAGGAGAUGAGCGAGGAAGCCUUCCAGAAACACAUCCAGGCCCUGGCCAUCCGCCGCCUGGACAAGCCGAAGAAGCUGUCUGCUGAGUGUGCCAAGUACUGGGGAGAGAUCAUCUCUCAGCAGUAUAAUUUUGACAGAGAUAACAUUGAAGUGGCCUAUCUGAAGACGCUGACAAAAGAAAACGUAAUGCAGUUCUACAGAGAUCGGCUGACAGUCGAAGCCCCGAAGAGACACAAGGUGUCCGUGCACGUCCUGUCCAGAGAGAUGGACUCCUGUCCGAUAGUUGGAGAGUUCCCCGCUCAGAACGAUGUCAACCUGGCCCCAGCUCCUUCCCUGCCACAGCCCACGUUGGUUCAGGACAUGACGGAGUUCAAGAGGAGCCUGCCGCUCUUCCCCCUGGUCAAGCCUCACAUCAACUUCAUGGCGGCCAAACUGUGAGCGAGGCCAGCAGGUGGACACGCAGCAGCAUGGGGGCCCGCCAGGAUGGGGGGGGGGUUGGAGGGCGACCGCGAGGGACCCCCACCCACCCUGCCAGGAAGACUUUCAUCUGUCCGAGCCUGCGUUAGCGUGCGUGUGUGUUUGCGCGGGUGCAUGUGAAUGCGUGUGUGUGUGUGUGCACGUGUGGCAGGCUGGAGCCACUAGAAGAGAUGCUUGGAAACAAAUGCGUGUAUUUGAAUCACAAAAAGUUAGCCGUGGUUGUCGACGUAGCUGUGAUGACGAUUAGAGGUCGCACCAGACUCACCUCAUGGUAUUAAAGUCUCUGAAGGGAGACGCAGCACUCACGCAUCACAGUCCUGUGGCUGUUGUAGAGGAAGUAGAAACAACGUAAAGAAAUACAAAAAAAAAAGACAAGGGCCAGAUCCCUUUUAAGAUGAGUUUAAGUAUACUGCAGAAGCUUCACAGUAGGAGGCGUUUUAUUUGAAUAAUUCAGAGAAUGCUGCUUUGAGAAUGGAUAGCUGGUUUAUUGGGAAGAACUCGGAGCUGCAGAGGUUAAAGACGGUAGCUCCACCAAGGUCUUCUUCUUCCUCCUUUUAAUUUGUUGGACUGGUAUGUUUGCCAUGUAACUCUCGGAGGCACCAACAACGCUCCUGAAAACGUUAUCACAAAACGCACUCGGUCCAAUGGAAUAUUUUAUUCAAAUUCAUGCGUUUCUGAAGAAUAUCUGCACUCGUGGUUUUAAUCCUCGCAGGUUCUGAAAUGUCUUUUGCUUGUAAACUGGUAAAAUGUUGGGACCCUUUGAGGAGCUGUUUGAAAUUGCUAAUCACAGAGAACCAUGCCCAUGAAAAUUGUUUUUAUUUUCAUUUUUUUUUAUGACAUUUUACAGUAGUAUGUAAUUCAGACAUCUCAGGGGAACCUCCAUGCUGUUUUUUUACAUUCAAUUUUAGUAGUGGUUGAUUAAAAAUAAAAACACUUUUAUCAGUCUGUCA